AUGUGAUGACUGUUAUUGUUAUAGCAGCUGUGAUAGUAUCGAUUGUUAUAGUGAUCUCUAUAUCAAUCUGUAUAGUUCAUAGACUGAAGCAGACAGAUAGCAACUAUGAUAGUAGUGUUGAUAUGUACCACAAGGUUACACCUGCAUUAAACAUCCAAUCAAAAUAUAUAUUUGAUCCUACUUGUGUUCCUCCUGGAGUUCAGUACACAAUGUCGAGGAAACUGAAGCCAUCUCAACAAUCAAAGGUUGACAGGGAAGAUAUUCACUGCAGAACCAUGCCAUGUGAUAAGUGGAAUGAUUUUACUUUAAACAGACCUCAACAGAUGUUUAUUCCCCAAGAAGAAAGUAUGUCUCCAGGUUACAGAGAACUAAACAAUCCUGACCAAUUCAGUGAGAUGUCAACAUUGUCAUCUCACACUGAUAGUGGUCAAGGCUGGAGUGUUGGCAGUGCUGGACAUUAUGAAGAACUGUCAGAUCUGUGCCAAUAUCAAAGUGACCAAACAUGGACUAGAAGAAAUCAACUGCAACACACUCUCAACAGAACAAGGGGAGAUAACAAAUAUGGAUAUCGCUAUCAACCAAAUGUCGAUAAUAACACUUCCUUCUCAAAUGACCAAAUACCUUUAUCUAUAACUGGGUCUGCAUCUAACAUAACUGAACAACAUUCUACAGUACCAGUGAGAAGUCAGUUUACUUCAGACUGUAAACCAUCUCUGCCAACUGUACCCAAAAUAACAACACUACCAAAGGUACCUUCAUCACCCCAGGUACCUCCUCCUCCUCUAUCUGUAACAAACGUCUAAUAGCAUAAUUUCAAGAACAUAAAAAAGCAUUAUUUUCUCAAAACAGGCAAUACAUUUUCAGUAAGGAAUACAUUAAUAGAAAAUAUUAAUAAUAUAACAAUAUUUCAUUUUAUAGUAGAACAUGCAUCAAUAAUGUUUUAUUAAUUAGUUUCUGUUAGUUUUCAGAUUUUAACUUACCGUAAAUCAACCCAAUUAUUUGGUUUGUAUCUAAUCUCAUUCUUUAUGUUGAUAAAAUGUUAACCUCAUAGCAAUUUAAGCACAAUACAUAAUAAUUUGUAACAAAAUACGGCAAACAUUUUUAAUCAACAUUCUAAUGUUUCUGAAAAUCCAUUUCUAGAAUAGUAAAUCUCAAGAACCUUAUAUUUAUAUUCUUUAAUGCUAUCCAUUUACACUUUCCAAGGCUCCUAGAUGAAAUUUAUAGAAUAUUUCACUGCAGGAUUUUGUACAAGUUAUAUCUAUUAGUAGUUGCCUUGUACUUGUGUUCUUUAUGAAAUUCUUCAAUAUUACUAUUAAUUCUGAGGAAAUCUAUUAAAUCCAAAAUGAAGUAUGUCACUUUAAUUUAACAAAUGCAGAAGUUUGGUGACGCAAAUCUUAAAUAUCCUUCUUUCUGCUCAUUAUCUCAUUCUGCUUUUCUUCAGUGUUCUACUUCACACAAAUAAGUUUAUUGAUAGCCAUAGUUUCGUAUUUUCUAAAAAACUUUUAUUGGUGAUUCCACUGGUGUUUUAUUAUGUUAAUAUAUUUCAAAAUAUCUAUUUUUAUACUAAUUAAUUUUAUUUUGGUUCCAUCAUAUCUUUCUGAAAGUUAUGUGCAAUUUCUAACAUAAAGUUACUAAAGUUAGGUUCCUUAUACUUUUACACAUUUAUAUUAGCAUUAUUUUGAAACAAUAUUUUCCAUGCUGAAUUUAUUGCCUGUCCACUUCAUUCUAAUCAUUAGACAUUUCUUCCUUAUUCAUUUAAGAUGUACUAACACACAUACACAUGUAUAUGUAAGUGGGUGUGGGUUAAGUAAAUCAGUCUCUGAGUCAGCCCAUCAUUAACUAAAAAAGUUGGAGGCUGUAUUUCCGUUUCCUUGCAUUGGAAUAAAAGACAGCUUGUCAUUGGCUACAACACACAUUACAUACUACACAGCCAACUUCAUAGAACUACAUAACACUAUCACAUACCAAACUGCUCAGAACUUCUGCUACUAAUAUAACUUUGUUACCAAAACACUGAAACAGCACAGCAACAACUAUAUAAAUAACUGAUACCUGUUGGUAAGUACUUAUUAAAACUUAUUCUGUUGUGUAAUCUUUUAUUUGUUUC